UGCGUUCCCGCUGCCAUGGGCGCCGGGGGCGCGCGGGGGGCGGCGGCCUCGCCGCUGCUGCUGGCGGUCGCCGCGCUGCUGGUGGGCGCCGCGGGGCACCUGUACCCCGGAGAGGUGUGCCCAGGCAUGGACAUCCGAAACAACCUGACUCGUCUACACGAGCUGGCCAACUGCUCAGUGAUCGAGGGCCAUCUGCAGAUCUUGCUUAUGUUCAAGACACGGCCGGAGGACUUCCGGGGCCUGAGCUUCCCCAGGCUGGUGAUGAUCACCGACUACCUGCUGCUUUUUCGAGUCUACGGGCUCGAGAGCCUGCGAGACCUCUUCCCCAACCUGACGGUCAUACGGGGCUCCCGCCUCUUUUUCAACUACGCCCUGGUGGUCUUUGAGAUGGUACAUCUACGGGAACUGGGCCUGCACAGCCUGAUGAACAUCACCCGGGGGGCCGUGCGCAUCGAGAAAAACAAUGAACUCUGCUACCUGGCCACCAUCGACUGGUCCCGCAUCCUUGACUCGGUGGAGGAUAACUAUAUAGUCCUGAACAAGGAUGACAACGAGGAGUGUGGGGAUGUCUGCCCAGGUGCUGGCAAGGGCAAGGCCAGCUGCCCGGCCACUGUCAUCAAUGGCCAGUUUGUUGAACGCUGCUGGACGCACAGCCACUGCCAGAAAGUCUGCCCAGCCGCCUGCAAGUCCCACGGCUGUACUGCGGAAGGUCUCUGCUGUCACAGCCAGUGCCUAGGCAACUGCUCUGAGCCUGACGACCCCACCAAGUGCGUGGCCUGUCGCAACUUCUACCUGGAUGGCAGUUGUGUGGAGACCUGCCCGCCUCCCUACUACCACUUCCAAGACUGGCGCUGUGUGAACUUCAGCUUCUGCCAGGACCUGCACAACAGGUGUAAGAACUUGAGGAAGCCGGGCUGCCACCAGUAUGUCAUCCACAACAACAAGUGCAUCCCAGAGUGUCCCUCUGGCUACACCAUGAAUUCCAGCAACCUGCUGUGCACCCCCUGCCAGGGUCCCUGCCCCAAGAUCUGCCAGAUGGAGGGCGAGAAGACCAUCGACUCCGUGACAUCGGCCCAGGAGCUGCGGGGCUGCACCGUGGUCAACGGCAGCCUUAUCAUCAACAUUCGUGGCGGCAACAACCUGGCGGCCGAGCUGGAGGCCAACCUGGGCCUGAUCGAGGAGAUCAGCGGCUACCUGAAGAUCCGCCGCUCCUACGCGCUGGUGUCUCUCGCCUUCUUCCGCAAGCUGCGCCUGAUUCGGGGGGAGACGCUGGAGAUGGGGAACUACUCCUUCUAUGCCUUGGACAACCAGAACCUACGACAGUUGUGGGAUUGGAGCAAACACAACCUGACCAUCAUGCAGGGGAAGCUCUUCUUUCAUUACAACCCCAAGCUCUGCCUGGCCGAGAUUCACAGGAUGGAGGAGGUUUCUGGGACCAAAGGGCGUCAAGAAAGGAAUGACAUUGCCCUCAAGACCAACGGGGACCAGGCCUCCUGUGAAAAUGAGUUACUUCGAUUUUCCUACAUCCGGACCACUUUUGACAAGAUCUUGCUGAGGUGGGAACCAUACUGGCCUCCCGACUUCCGAGACCUGCUGGGGUUCAUGCUGUUUUACAAAGAGGCCCCAUACCAGAACGUGACGGAGUUUGAUGGCCAGGACGCCUGCGGUUCCAACAGCUGGACAGUGGUGGACAUCGACCCCCCUCAGAGGUCCAACGACCCCAAGUCUCAGAACCAACCCGGCUGGUUGCUGCGGGGGCUCAAACCCUGGACCCAGUACGCCAUCUUCGUCAAGACCCUGGUCACCUUCUCAGAUGAGCGUCGAACUUAUGGGGCAAAGAGUGACAUCAUCUACGUGCAGACCAACGCCACCAACCCCUCCGUCCCCCUGGACCCCAUCUCCGUGUCCAACUCGUCCUCCCAGAUUAUCCUCAAGUGGAAACCUCCGUCGGACCCCAACGGUAAUAUCACCCACUACCUGGUCUUCUGGGAGGAGCAGGAGGAGGACAAUGAGCUAUACCAGCUUGACUACUGCCUCAAAGGGCUGAAGCUGCCCUCCCGGACCUGGUCUCCCCCGUUUGAGACCGAAGGCUCCCAGAGACACAACCAGAGCGAUUCUGAGGACUCAACGGGUGAAUGUUGCUCCUGCCCUAAAACCGACUCACAGAUCCUCAAGGAGCUGGAAGAAUCCUCAUUCAGGAAGACCUUUGAGGACUAUCUUCACAACGUUGUUUUUGUGCCCAGGCCGUCCAGGAAGCGCCGGGCUCUGGGGGAGGCGGCUAAUGGGACCUGGGCGCCACCCUUGUCCCCCACAGCCCCCGCGCCCCGCGGCACCCCCAGCCCUCCCGCGAGCACCCCCGUGCGGCCAUCCGAGACGGUGCGGGGCCGCGAGUCGCUGGUGCUGUCGGGCCUGCGCCACUUCACCGGCUACCGGCUGGAGCUGCAGGCCUGCAACCAGGGCUCCCCGGGCGAGCGCUGCAGUGUGGGCGCCUAUGUCAGCGCCAGGACCAUGCCCGAAGCCAAGGCGGAUGACAUUGUCGGACCCGUGACCCACGAGAUCUUUGAGAACAACGUGGUUCACCUCAUGUGGCAGGAGCCUAAGGAGCCCAACGGGCUGAUCGUGCUCUAUGAAGUCACUUACCGGCGCUAUGGUGAUGAGGAACUGCACCUCUGCGUGUCCCGAAAACACUAUGCCCUGGAGGGGGGCUGCAGGCUGCGGGGGCUGCCGCCUGGUAACUACAGUGUGCGGGUUCGAGCCACCUCCCUGGCGGGUAACGGCUCUUGGACUGAAGCCACCUACUUUUAUGUGACGGAUUACCUAGACGUGCCCUCGAACAUUGCCAAGAUCAUCAUCGGACCUCUCAUCUUCGUCUUCCUCUUCAGUGCUGUGAUCGGGAGUAUUUAUCUGUUCUUGAAAAAGAGGCAGCCUGAUGGCCCACUGGGACCCCUCUAUGCCUCCUCAAACCCUGAGUAUCUCAGCACCAGUGAUGUGUUCCCCUGCUCGGUGUACGUGCCUGACGAGUGGGAGGUGGCGCGGGAGCAGGUGGUGCUGCUGCGGGAGCUGGGCCAGGGCUCGUUCGGGAUGGUGUACGAGGGCCGCGCGCGCGGCGUGGUGCGGGGCGAGGCGGAGACGCGCGUGGCCGUGAAGACGGUCAACGAGGCGGCCAGUCUGCGGGAGCGCAUCGAGUUCCUCAAUGAGGCCUCGGUCAUGAAGGGCUUCUGCUGCCACCACGUGGUGCGUCUGCUGGGCGUGGUCUCCAAGGGCCAGCCCACCCUGGUGGUCAUGGAAUUGAUGGUCCACGGGGACCUCAAGAGCUACCUGCGUUCACUGCGCCCCGAGGCUGAGAAUAACCCAGGCCGACCCCCGCCAACCCUUCCAGAGAUGAUCCAGAUGGCGGCAGAGAUCGCCGAUGGCAUGGCCUACCUCAAUGCCAAGAAAUUCGUGCACCGGGACCUGGCGGCUCGCAACUGCAUGGUAGCCCACGACUUCACCGUCAAAAUUGGAGAUUUUGGGAUGACCAGAGACAUCUAUGAGACGGAUUAUUAUCGGAAGGGGGGCAAGGGCCUGCUGCCCGUACGCUGGAUGGCCCCUGAGUCCCUGAAGGAUGGGGUCUUCACCACCUCUUCUGACAUGUGGUCCUUUGGCGUGGUCCUCUGGGAAAUAACCAGCCUCGCUGAACAGCCUUACCAAGGCCUGUCGAAUGAGCAGGUGUUGAAGUUCGUCAUGGAUGGGGGCUUCCUGGAUCAGCCUGACAAUUGUCCAGACAGAGUCACUGAACUCAUGCGAAUGUGCUGGAAGUUCAACCCCAAGAUGCGGCCUACCUUCCUUGAAAUCGUGGACCUACUCAAGGAUGAUCUACACCCCAGCUUUCCAGAAGUUUCCUUCUUCCACAGCGAGGAGAACAAGGCACCGGAGACGGAGGAGUCAGAGAUGGAGUUUGAAGACAUGGAGAGUGUCCCCCUGGACCGUUCAUCGCACAGUCUGAGGGACGAAGCCGGGGGUCGGGAGGGCGGGUCCACACUGGGCCUCAAGCGAAAUUAUGAGGAACACAUCCCCUACACACACAUGAAUGGGGGCAAGAAAAAUGGACGGAUUCUGAGUCUGCCUCGGUCCAGUCCUUCCUAACAGUGCCUGCUCAGGGAGGGCGUCCCUGUCUCCUCGUUUGUUCCUCUUGGUUUUGAAGGCUUCUUAGCAAACUCAGGAUUCUCACUCGUCUCUGCCACAGUGUCACAUGAAGCUCAGAGAUCAUCACUCUCUCUCCAUAGGUUCCUCUUGACGGCUCACACAGCACAUUCGUUGGGUUGCCAAUUGGAUGAGUCGCCCCUGCAUUUAACUGUGAACAUCGAGGGGAAGACGUUUUCUCCACCACAGCUGCUUUGUCCUUUUUUUGGGGGGGGGGGGAGAAGAGGGACGGGAGGUAGCUGGGGGAGUUUUUCAAACCAGGAUGUUACUAUUUGUUUUUGUUCUAUCUAGUUGAUGGAAAGAAAACAUCUAUUUUUCCUUUUUUUUUUUUUUUUUGCUGGUGUCUGAGCUAAAAGAUAAGAUUUGUUUGUGGGACAUAGAUGAAAGAAGGAAAGGAAGAAAGAAAGAAAGAAAGAAAGGAAGGAAGGAAGGAAGGAAGGAAGAAAGGAAGAAAGUCCCGGUUCUGUUAGAAUCCCCCAUGGAAUUCUAUGAAUUGGAAUGAAUAUGGAAUGAGAACUUCUGAACAAGUCUUUCUCAUCCAGGUUGAAGGAUAUCUCUUAUCUAUCUAGCUAUCUUUUUUUUUUUUCUUUCUCCAGAUCAGUUUCUCAACUUGACCAACAGCUGCUGCUUUUCAUACUUUUGAUAACGAUUGUAUACCCAGCAGGAGACUUGAGAUUCACUUCCCUGUGUGUGUCCGGAUUAGACGCAACUGGUGGGGGGUGUGUGUACGUGUGUGUGUGUCUGUGUCUGUGUGUCUGUGUGUCUGUACGUGCAUGUGAGGGAAAGGCAUCACGCUGGGUAGAUACUUUUGGGCUCACGUAGGUUCUGUUCUUCUUGAAGAAAAGAGCGCCUGGUUCCUCCUUCUCUUCAUUUACUGGGGAACUGUUACCCUCCGAAGAUGCUUUUUUUUUUUUUUGUGCUCCAAAUCUAGACAAAAAAAAAUUUUUUUUUCUGGGAACUGAGAUGUAGCAGUUAGUUUGCAGUGCUAAUGGAUCUUUAAAAAAAAAAAAAAGACCAAAUAUAGAAAGAAAGAAAAGAUUGAAAAAAUAAGUAGCUAUAAUCACUGCUUGGGAGAAUAUAUGUGUAACAUAUUUCAUUUGAGAAAGAUUCUCCAGCGUUAUUGACUAUUUCUCUUCCCCCCACCUCCUAUCCCCUCCUGCAGGAUGUGGAGGGAGGUCUUGGUUGGCUAGUUCUGUCUAUGUGUGUGUGUGGGGAAGCAGGGUGGAGCUUUGGUAAUGAAAGAAAGAUAUUAUUUUAUUUUAUUUUUUCUUCUUCUUCUGGGAAUUAAAGCCACAUUAGCUGCUAAACCCUUUUGGAUAUUGUGAGGCCACACUGAGACGGGGGGUAGGGGGCGGAUGAUUGGGUUUGAUGAAUGGUUUGGUGACUGCUUGGUGCAACGUUCCCCACCCUCACUCCUCCCGACACACACACACACACACACACACACACACACACACACACACACACACACGCUCUUUGGGGAGCCCGUCCUUGAAGCACACUUCCGGUUUUCCUAUGCUCGGGCCUUGCAAAGUUCUGUGUGUGCAUUCCACAGUUCUCCUGCAAACACAACAGAACAUCGUGGGUGCAGGGGGUGAGGGGUUGAGGGGGAAAAGCACACACGUGGCAGGCACUGCUGGACUUGGAGCACAUUAAGCAAUAUAAGGAGUGAGAAGCUUCGACUGUGCUCUCAGAACCACCGACCCCCGGAAGCCACUCAGCUCCCAGUGACCUCAGCUGGGCCUGGUGUGAGGCCUUGAGCAGAACUCUCAGGUGCUUUGGGUUGUCAGCCCCUCGGAAUAUUCUGGAAAGAGAAACUGCUUCAGGAGUUACACACACACACACACACACACACACACACACACACACACACACACCCCACCGAGGACUUCCAAGUGGGUGUGAAUCCACAUGGCUCCCCCCGCCACCUUCUCUGUGGAAAAAGGGCAAACAACAACAACAACAUCAAAAACCACCACAGCUGCUCAAAUAAAGAAAAUGGUGAAGGCAUCAUUACUUUGCUUCAACAGAAUCAUCACCACGGGUUAUCCCUGGAGCGCAUUUUUCUCACAAGGCUUUUUUUUUUUUUCUCCCUUCUUUCUUCAUUCCUUUCUUCUUCCUGCCUUUCCUCCUUUCUCUCUUCUUUCUUCAUUAUUACUGUUUCCUUCGCCUCUUUGAAAGAGUGGGCUUAAGAGGUACAACAGUCACCGCCAAACAGUCUCGAUCCUUAAGAAUCCUGCAGGUCAGGAGUCGGGCUGUAGCGCAGCGGGCUAAGCGCACCUGGCACAAAGCACAAAGACCAGCAUAAGGAUCGCUGUUUGAGCCCCCGGCUCCCCACCUGCAGGGGAGUCGCUUCCCAGGCGGUGAAGCAGGUCUGCAGGUGUCUGUCUUUCUCUCCCCCUCUCUCUGUCUUCCCCUCCUCUCUCCAUUUCUCUCUGUCCUAUCAACAAUGACUACAACAAUAAAAAAACAAGGGCAACAAAAUGGAAUAAGUAAAUAUAUAAAAAAUAUUUAUAUAUAUAUAUAAAAAUCCUGCAGGUAGGCACACACCCCAGUGGCCUACUGCAGUGGCCCUUAUUUAUAUGAUCUGAGAGAUUUCAGCAUGUAAGAUAUUUCCGGGAGCCUCCAUGAUUGGGUACCAGACGCAAGAGUACAGAAAUUUUUUCGCCAAAUUGAUUUUGUACAUAGACGACGGGUCUGUAUGUAAAAUUAAAGAGUGGGGAGGGUGGGGGCAGAAAAACAAAAGAAGCAAACGUGGGUAGAUGAUAAGCUUUGUGUUUCUUUUCAUAGCAGAUUCAUAGUGGUUCUAUAUUCCACUAGCAGCAAUUUUCACAUUUUUCUAAUUCAGAAAGGUUUGUUCUUAUAUUAGGGGGAAAUUAUUUAUUUUAAUAUAUAAAAAAAUCACUGUAAAAAUCACUUUCGUACCAAAAAAAAAAAAAGGAGUGCAUGUAAAUUUUUAUCAGAGGAAAAAAAAUAAAACAGGUGAAAUGUG